AUGUCUACUAGCGGAAGAAAAUGCUCAGCCAGCAGGCGAGUCUUCCUCUACCUGCUCUUCAUCCCAACAUACGUGCUAUACGCCGUAUCCUUGACAGGCUGUCUUUCCACAUUCCUCGGCAUCCCCGAUCUGUUCCUCGUCCAGAUUACCUCCACCGCGACCAAGAACACAAUCAAGGUCGCAUACUUUGGGAUAUGCGGUCUUUCCAGCGGGCCAAGCAGCACCCAGACAUGCACGCCCAUCGCCAGGACCUCGGAGGCAGCACUCGCCAGAAGGCUCUGCUCUACAACCGACAACACCAACCCGUCCUCAAAUCUCGAUCUCAUCCAUCUCGGCGUAACCCUCGCCUCGAAAAUAUUCCUGCCCGUGCUCGCCGGCGCAGUCGUGGCGUUUACUCUAGGUAUACUGUUCUUCAUAACAUCCCAGCUAAAAGCAAGGCGCACACGAGGCCGCGCUAUCGGAUAUACAAAACAAAGCGCAAAGUCCACAACUCUAUCGCUGCUAUUCCUGGCGCUCGCGUGCAUGCUCUGCUGCGGAUCCGCCCUCUCCACCACAGUCGCGCUCUCCGCGAUCCAGUUCCUCGCCGAGUCCGACAUGCUCACCGGCUACGAGAUCGAGGGCGGGAAGGCCCUGCCAAUCCUGCAAUGGGCUGCGCUUGUCCUAUCGGUUAUCGUUGCCCUGGGUAUCGCGGGCGUCAUGCGGUCUUCUGUCCGCCAUGCAGCCGGCCACCCGGACGUCUAUGUUCAUGACACGCAGACCGAGGGCAAGAGGCAACGUGAGCUUUUGAGCUUGUUAGCCGCGGCAGCGGCAAAAGACAAUAGCCGGAGCCAUAUUCACGGCACGGGACCACAGACGCUUCAGAUAGAGCAUUUGCCCAUGGACGUGCUAGCGUCAGAUAGUACGAAGCAGGCCGCGGGCGAUUGGGCGGCCCUCGAGCCUCCCAAAAAGCCGAGGACGCCCCUUUUCAGACUCCCGCUUCGAUCGGCAUCGCUGCGGGACGCACGCCGGCGUAAUGGCAGUCAUUUGUCUGUCUUGGGACAGGCGCUCUCGCGUGCGGAGAGGAGGCGUGAGGGGUGGCCGUAUCGACGGUAUAGUUGUGAUGAGAUGGUGUGA